AUGCAAGAAUCGGGAGAAAGAGAGGAGAAGUAUGGAUUUGAUGAGAAUGAUACUCAGAAUAUGCAGGAUACGAAGGAUACGCAGGAUACGCUGGAUACGCUGGAUACACAGGAUACGCUGGAUUCCAAUGAUACCCAAUCCUUGACGCACCAGCACAAGCAGGAGCAUCAACACACCCUAGAACCACCGCUAUCACCUUCGUUAUCCUUAUCGCAAACGAAAUCGCUCGAUAAAUGGGACGACGCCGAAGAAGAUUUCAUAAAGAUGGAGGAUCAUACCACCGGAGGUGUGGGUGAGAACGAGAAUGGGAAUGAGAAUGAGCAAGAUGCGGAGGACAUACCCCCAGCAAAGACAGUGGACGAGUUCGAUAAACGCAUGUCAGUGCUAGGACUGCGCACGCCGCCUGAAUCUGAGAGAGAUAUAGAGCACGCAGAGAAAGCAGAGCACACAGAGCACGACCUAGAAAAGAUACUUUCAGAAUUGGCUAAAGUGCGUGAGGACAACGUAGCUCUAAUGACAAGUAACGAGAAAUACAAAGAAGAUUGCGAAUUAAUUGCACAGGAGUUGGAAAUAGAAAAGAAGCAAAGAGUAGAUGCAGAGGAGAUAAUAGUACAAUUGCGUACGCGGGUUGAGGAGAGCAGGAAUGGCGUCAUGAAACUGCAGCAGCAGCAAGAGCAGGAUAAGAGUAGGAGGAGACAGGAGACGGAGUCGAAGCGGUCGUCGUUUAUACUAAGCGAGCCAGCCAAUCUUUCGAAGAGAGCUUCGAUCAAGUCACACAAGAGAUUGUCGUCCGUAUCAGCGGAUAAUGCAAGCAUCAGUGGUAAUGGCAAUGGUAAUGGCAACACAACAAAAUCCCUCAAAGACUUACACCUCAACCCUCAACCAGCCCCACAACAACCGUCGAGCAACGCAUCGUCUAACAGAUCGUCGCAGGUGAUGGAUAUGACUAAUGUGCAAAUGGAGAACGCUAAUCUUUCCAACGAGAUACAGAGGCUGAGGCGGGAGGUGGAUGUAAUCAAGGAGGGUAAGUUAUCGAGUGAGAAUGCGCUACGGGCGUUGCGUGAGUUCAUGGAUAGUUCCGGCGAGGAGAAGCCGAGUGGGUUGAAAUUACCGCCGCUGCCUACAGAUGAGGAUGUGCCUACGCCUACAGAUACUGCUCACAAAACAAAUGCAUCGUGGUUGUUUGGUAGACAGCAGAGCAGCGCAAGGAAUGCUGAUAGUACGACGCCAACGCUAACGCAACAGUCACACUCACAAUUAAACUCACAUGCCCACUCACACGCCCCCUCUAACGACGGCGGAUUCGAUAAACCGUCCACGCUGCGCUCUAUUUCGAGCUUCUUCGGCAAGAGUUGA